ACAUUAAUCAAUCUUGAAUCAGGGGAGAAGCAUAAAGAUUUGAGGAUUAAACCUUCUCUAAUGAAUAAUCUACUAGGUCUCCUCCGUAUUCGCAUCAAACGCGGUGUCAACCUCGCAGUCCGUGAUCUCCACAGUAGUGAUCCUUACGUCGUCGUCAAAAUGGGAAAACAGAAAUUGAAGACUCGAGUUAUUUACCAUAAUGUAAAUCCUGAGUGGAAUGAAGAUUUGACUCUCUCAGUUACCGACCCCAAUCUUACUGUCCUCUUGACGGUGUAUGAUCACGACACGUUCACCAAAGACGACAAGAUGGGAGAUGCAGAAUUCAUGAUUAAGCCGUUCGUUAAUGCAGUGAAGAUGCAAUUACAUGAUCUCCCAUCUGGGACCAUUGUGACCACGGUCCAGCCGAGCCGAGACAAUUGCCUUGCCGAGGAGUCUCGGGUUAUAUGGUCUGACGGUAAGCUCAUUCAAGAUUUGGUCCUUAGACUAAGACAUGUCGAGUGCGGUGAGAUUGAGGCUCAGCUUCAAUGGAUUGAUCUUCCUGGCUCUAAGGGUCUAUGAUUUAGGGGACUUUAAACCUGAAUCUGAAA